CCAGUUGUCGAGCGAACUUGGAGUUGGUAGGACGUGCAGUCGUCGUGUUGACCGUGAAAGUUUAAAUAAAGUGUUUUUUGUAUGUCUAACUGAAAGUAUAAUAACGGGACGAGAAUCGAUUGACGAAAAUUAUAGUGUUCGAAGGAGUUAAGCCGGGUUUGAAACAUUGUUGCAGUAGAAAACAAGAACAACGUUGCGUGACCUGUGUACAUUGAAGGCGAACUGAAGCCCUAUUAGUGCCCGGUCCCCAUAACUGAAGCAGGGAGCGUGCAGAGUGUGUUGGAGCAAGUUUGUCUGGAAAAGUUCCAGUUUUAUAGCAAAUUUUGUGUGUGUGAACGUGAAGCAAAAAAAAAACUAUAAGAAUCUCAGCCAUGACAGAACUAAUGGAUUUAAGAAUGCACCAUCAUCUGGCACUUCAGACGGAGAUCUACCGACAGCAAAUGUUGCAGCGUUUACCAGAUCCUUACCCAACGAUGCUGCCGGUCCCAGCACCGAGACCACUGAUGUUGCCACCGCGUUUCCCCCUGCCGUCGGAGGUAGAUGUCAAACUACAGAACCGGGAGUUGUGGAGCCAGUUCCACCGGAUCGGAACCGAAAUGAUCAUCACCAAGAGUGGACGACGUAUGUUCCCCUCGAUGCGUCUUUCGCUCAAUGGACUCGAAGCCGAGGAAAACUACUGCGUUCUGAUCGAAAUGGUUCCAAUUAGCGAUUGCCGAUUCAAGUUCAGCGGAUCCCAGUGGGUCCCCGCGGGUGGUGCCGAACCACAGAGCCCCCAGCGUAUGUACUUGCAUCCGGACAGCCCCGCACUCGGUUCCCACUGGACUUCCCAACCGGUUGUGUUUAACAAAGUCAAACUGACCAACAACACCCUGGACAGUAAUGGACAUAUCGUUCUAACCAGCAUGCACAAGUAUCAGCCACGCAUACAUAUCAUCAAAACCUCCGAUCCGUCCCAGAUUCCGUGGUCGGCGCAGUCGGCCUUCACCUUCCCGGAGACCGAGUUCGUUGCCGUCACUGCUUAUCAGAAUGAUCGUAUCACCAAGCUAAAGAUCGACAAUAACCCGUUCGCCAAAGGAUUCCGGGAAACAGGUCAGUCACGCUGUAAGCGAAAGGCCGGCCUGAUGAAUGCGAGCUCCCGUUCGGUGGACGAUUCCGAGGAAUCCGGUGGAGAGUCGGGGCCGGAGCCUAAGCGCCAACGAACGAGCAGUGCCUCCCUGGAUGACAGUGACAUUUCAGUUUCGGACUCAUCCAGUGGUACCAGCUCUCCGGUUAACGUUGAGGAUCUGCACCGAAAUCCACACGACGACCUGUCCCGAUCGCAUCAUCCGUAUCAUCAAAUGUUGAACCCAGGAAUGGCGGCUUCGGCAGCGGCUGCCAGCUGGAUGGAUUUGAUGUUCCCGUAUUUCCAGCAGCCACACAUCUCCACUCACCCUCAUUUCCAGCAGCAUCUGAGGCGAGACUUCAACCUGCUGCCCAUGCCACCCACAUCCGCCAAAUCCUUGGAGAAAUCCGUCGAUUGUUCGGGUAAAAAACUAGGAUUCAGCAUAUCCGCUAUCCUAGGCUAUGAUCGAUAGAACUUUCCCCAUCCAUGCUCCUCGCGCGGUUGCUUGCAUCGAUGCACGCGAGCGAGAGAAGCCUAGCAGCAGAGAAAAACUGCUGACUGCAUCUUGUUUUGGUCGUUGGUCGUACAGCGAAGAUAGGAACAGCAGAAAAAAUACAACAUGAAAAAACUGAAGAAGAAAAAGACACGGGUGUAAAUUAGUUCCUCACACAUUCACACCUGGAUGCGACCAUAAAACAUCCCAUUCGUAGCUGGGGACCGACGGACGCCAUUUGGGACCGGACCGGACGUCUCUCUGCUAUGGAAUGGAGGAAUUUAAAUCCCUCCGCGGUGGUGUGCAGUCUCCGGCGUGGCCGACCGAGGCGAGAUGGCUGAGUAAACAAACCAACCAACCAACCAACCAACCAGUCUGACAAGCGACAGAAUAAUCUUGUUUGCAGACCUAUAGCCAAGAAUCGGUGCCAUUGUGUGUGCAGGGUUUCAUUUGUUCGGCCGAUUCAAACCCAGCAGCCUCCGGGGCCAGUGUUGAAUGUGUGCAUUCUGUUUCUUCUCCGUCUGCCAUUCUGUGUUUAGUGUGCAAUUGUAGCAAGGACAAAAGAUGUACAGAGAUUAGGAAAUUUUGAAUAGUGUAGUAAGGUUUAAGGCGGCAGAUGAGAAGGCAAUUGUUAAUUAUUUUUAGGACAACCUAAGAAAGCAAAAGUCAAGUGAGUACUUUAGUGUAGGAAGUUGCAUUGUCGGGGGUUUGCUUUGCGAAAAAAAUAGAAACUCCGGACUUGUUUCGGGGGAAAUAUUCCUAUUAUCUAUAGUUAUUGUUUUAAGCAUUGUAUCGAACAUCAACUCAAAGAAUUAUGUUUCUAUUGUAUUAAUAUUUUAUCCCUAAGAAGCUAGGAAAACUUAUUAGAUAUGUUAUCUAUACAA